UAUUUUUAUCAGUGCGAGUAUCAAUGCCUUAAGUGCAUGCGAUUUCUCAAACACAGUGGCCACCCUGACGGUUGCAUUAAAUGUUUUUGUUUUAGUACUUUUUUUAGGAAGCUCUUGUACGGUCAACGAUCUAUUUAAGCACCAUAGGCGCGAGUCAUGUAGUUAUUUUUUAAGGUUUGAAAUGACAGCUUUUGUUUUUCUUGCUCGUCGCUCGACAGGGCCGAUGAUUAAUUUGCACACAUCCAAAAUUUGUAGCUUGCGUUCUGAGUUUAAAACACCCGUUGUUAUUUCCAGCGAGCGCUCUUUUUGUGCGAAACCAUCUGAAACUGAAAUCCAUCUGAAGAAUAUUCACGAGAAAUAUGAGCGAGAAAAGCAAUCAAAACGCGAGCGGAACGACAAGCUUCGAAAAUUGACUCUGCCAGCAGUUUUCUUAAUGGGAACAGGGGCAGUUUAUCUAAUAGCUGAAAAGUACGGAAAACCUGAGGUAGAUUCUGUAACGGGAGUGGUAUUCGAAGACGAAUUCACCGGACAAUCCAUGAGUACUUUUCGACGAGCAUGGAAAAAUAUCAGAUCUGAUGUGCGAGAAUUCGAAGAACCUUCCAGAAAGAAGCUACUACCUGAUCCAUUACAGAAGCCUUAUAUUCAGCCAAAAUAUACCGUUCUAAUAGAACUCAAAGAUCUCCUAGUUCACCCGGAAUGGAGUUUUGAAACCGGAUGGAGAUUUCGUAAACGUCCUGGAAUCGAUUUUUUGCUAGAGACAAUUGCAAGUCAUUCGUACGAGGUUGUAAUUUUUACCUCUGAACCAGGAUUUAUGGCUAUGCCUGUUGUAGAGUCACUUAAUAGUAAAGGUGUAAUCAUGUACUCGUUAUUUAGAGAUUCAACGCAUUACAAAAACAACGUGUAUACUAAAGAUAUUUCUAGAAUUAAUAGGGAUCAUUCGCGUGUGAUAAUUUUGGACACCAGUCAAAAUAAAGUCAACCCAAAUCCACAGAAUGCUCUUGUUCUCCCGCCAUGGGAUGGAAAUUUAGCCGAUAGAGGACUCUUUGAUCUGGCAAUGUUUCUGAAAGCUAUAGAGACUACUCGGUGUUCGGACGUCAGAACAUUCCUGAAGGCGUAUGCUAAUGAAUCCGACCCUCUGGAGACGUUCAGACAAAGACAACUAGCUCUUCAGCAACAGUCAAGCGCACAGAAGUCAGUGCCAAAAAAAACAACGUGGUCUCAAAACUUGUUCGGUUCGAAACGCUAAAUUCUUUAUCAAUGUUAUUUUAAAAUCAAAAAAUUUUUUCGCUAAA